GGCGAGGUUGAAAGACUGGACGGCCACUGGAAGCUGAGCGCCAAGCCACGAGCGCUCGUGUCGGGGCGUGCUGCCCAGGUUGCCUCCCGCCAUGGCCUGUGCCGCCUCGCUCUUCGCUGCGUUGGCCGCGCUCCUUGCUGCCCUUGCUGCAGGCGGAGACGCCCCGCCUGGCAAAAUCGCGGUGGUGGGGGCCGGAAUCGGGGGCUCUGCUGUGGCCCAUUUCCUCCAGCAGCACUUUGGGCCCCGGGUACAGAUUGAUGUGUACGAGAAGGGGACCGUGGGCGGCCGCCUGGCCACCAUCUCCGUCAACAAGCAGCACUACGAGAGCGGGGCCGCCUCCUUCCACUCCCUGAGCCUGCACAUGCAGGACUUCGUGAAGCUGCUGGGGCUGAGGCACCGGCGCGAGGUGGUGGGCAGGAGCGCCAUCUUUGGCGGGGAGCACUUCGUGCUGGAGGAGACCGACUGGUACCUGCUGAACCUCUUCCGUCUCUGGUGGCACUACGGCAUCAGCUUCCUGAGACUGCAGAUGUGGGUGGAGGAGGUCAUGGAGAAGUUCAUGAGGAUCUAUAAGUACCAGGCCCAUGGCUAUGCCUUCUCAGGCGUGGAGGAGCUGCUCUCCUCCCUGGGGGAGUCCACCUUCGUCAACAUGACCCAGCGAUCUGUGGCCGAGUCCCUGCUCCAGGUGGGCGUCACACAGCGCUUCAUCGACGAUGUUGUCUCUGCCGUCCUGCGGGCCAGCUACGGCCAGUCGGCAGCCAUGCCCGCCUUUGCUGGAGCCAUGUCGCUAGCUGGGGCCCAAGGCAGCCUGUGGUCUGUGGAGGGAGGCAACAAGCUGGUUUGUUCCGGGUUGCUGAAGCUCACCAAGGCCAGCGUGAUCCACGCCACAGUGACCUCCGUGACCCUGCACGGUACGGAAGGAAAAGCCCUUUACCAGGUGGGAUAUGAGAAUGAGGUGGGCAGCGGCUCCGACUUCUAUGACAUAGUGGUCAUCGCCACCCCCCUGCAGCUGGACAACAGCAGCAGCAACAUCACCUUCAAAGGCUUCAACCCACCCAUUGAUGAUGUCCAGGGCUCCUUCCAGACCACCGUCGUCUCCCUGGUCCACGGCUACCUCAACUCUUCCUACUUUGGUUUCCCCGACCCUAAACUUUUCCCCUUCGCCAACAUCCUUACCACAGAUUUCCCCAGCUUCUUCUGUGCUCUGGACAACAUCUGUCCUGUCAACAUCUCGGCCAACUUACGGCGGAAGCAGCCUCAGGAGGCUGCCAUUUGGCGAGUCCAAUCCCCCAAGCCCCUCUUGCGGACCCAGCUGAAGACCUUGUUCCGUUCCUAUUACUCAGUCCAGACGGCCGAGUGGCAGGCCCACCCUCUGUUCGGCUCCCGCACCACCCUCCCGCGGUUUGCACUGCACGACCAGCUCUUCUACCUCAAUGCCUUGGAGUGGGCAGCCAGCUCUGUAGAGGUGAUGGCCAUCGCUGCCAAGAACGUGGCCCUGCUGGCUUACAACCGCUGGUUCCAGGACCUAGACAAGAUUGACCAAAAGGAUUUGAUGCACAAGGUAAAGACUGAACUGUGAGGGCUCCAGGGAGAGCCCAGGAAUAUCUGUCCUCCACUGAAGGUGACUCAUACCCCACAGUAGUCCAGGACUGUCAGGAGCUACACUCGCCCACCCAGACUCUCUUUCUGACCCCCCACGUGUCCUGCACCUUCUCCCUCCUGUGUAGGGCCAGGUGGCCUGCUGUCUGCUUGUUUCUCUUAAGGAAGCGCACAGUGUUUUCUUCUUUUUUUAAAAGGAAGAAUAAAGAAGGGGAGAGAAUUCAA